ACCAAUUUCUCCUUUUCCUAGGUAAAAAAAAAGUUCACCUAACAGGCAUCAUGUCGAUGGGAAUGGAGAUCGGGGGCAUUGCCCUGGGCAUUAUCGGCUGGAUCAUUAGCAUUGUCGCUUGCGCUCUCCCUAUGUGGCGUGUCUCUGCCUUCGUUGGCGCAAACAUCGUCACCGCACAAAACAUCUGGGAAGGUUUGUGGAUGAAUUGUGUUGUACAGAGCACCGGACAGAUGCAGUGCAAGAUCUACGACUCCAUGCUAGCACUGUCGCAGGACAUGCAGGCGUCCAGAGCCAUGUCGAUCAUCGCCAUCAUCUUGGCCAUUCUGGGCGUGAUGAUCUCCAUCAUGGGCGCCAAAUGCACCAAUUGUAUCGAGGAUGAAGCAGUCAAGGCUAAAGUCAUGAUCGUCUCCGGCAUCCUGUUCAUUCUUGCCGGCAUCCUGGAGCUCAUUCCAGCGGCUUGGGUUGCAAACCAAAUCAUUCGUGAUUUCUACAACCCGUUACUGCCCUCCGCUCAGCAAAGAGAGAUCGGGGCAUCCAUCUACAUAGGGUUUGCUGCUGCUGUUCUGUUACUGAUUGGAGGAGCAUUGCUGUGCUGCACCUGUCCUCCACGGGAGAAGAACUACAAGCCACCGAGAAUGGGCUACUCCGCUCCACGCUCUACUAAUGGUGGAUAUGACAGGAAGGACUAUGUUUAAAACAUUGGUUUCUUGUAGCGAAAAAAAAAACAAAGAGGAAAGAUUUGAAGAUCUCACACAAAGGGUGAAGAUACUUCUCAAAGGACUCCGCAAUGAAGGGUCAUACGAUGCUGUCAAUAUUUGCUUUUCGUCUGACUGGUGUGUGUGUGUGUGUGUGUGUUAAGGGCUGGUUUUGUAGCUUUACUUUUUAGGGAUUUUUGUGUUUAUACAUUUCCUGUUUGAUAUUAUUUUAUUUGCUGUUGUUUAAAUGUGCCCAUUUUUUGUUCA